AUGAGACCCAAUGAAGCGGUGGAGGCAUCGGAGAUGCGCUUGGACGAAUGGAAGCGGUGGGCGGCUGAGUGCAUCGACCAGUCCUCGGAGCGCCUGGGCGAGCUAAGCCGGGAGAUCUGGAGCCACCCGGAGCUGGCUUACGAGGAGCACCAGGCUCACGCCGCCCUGACGCGCUUCUUCGCCGGCCUGCCCGUCUCCUCCUCUUCGGGCGCCUGGUCGGUGCAGCGCAGCUACAAGCUAGACACGGCCUUCCGGGCGGACUGGAAGUGGGACGGGGCGUCCUGCUCUCCCGCCGAAGCGAGCCAGGCUCCCCCACCGCCACCGCCGCCUCUGCUUCGGCUGGGCUUCCUGUGCGAAUACGACGCCUUGCCCGCCAUCGGGCACGCCUGCGGGCACAACCUCAUCGCCGAAGUGGGCGCCGCCGCCGCGCUGGGCCUGAAGGGCGCUCUGGAAAGCCUCCGCCAGAGCCCUGCCGGCCUCCCUCGCCAGGCGCCCGCCGUUAAGGUCACAGUGCUGGGGACCCCUGCUGAAGAAGAUGGAGGAGGCAAAAUAGACUUAAUUAAAGCUGGGGUUUUUGAUAGUCUAGACGUUGUUUUCAUGGCUCACCCCUCUCAAGAAGAUGCAGCUUAUUUACCUGAUAUUGCAGAACAUGAUGUGACUGUGAAAUACUAUGGAAAAACUUCUCAUGCAGCUGCUUACCCUUGGGAAGGACUAAAUGCAUUAGAUGCUGCUGUACUUGCAUACAACAAUCUGUCCCUUUUAAGACAGCAAAUGAAACCGACAUGGAGAGUACAUGGUAUAAUAAAGAAUGGAGGUGUGAAGCCUAAUAUCAUCCCUUCUUACACUGAAUUAGAAUUUUACUUGCGUGCUCCUUCCUUAAGGGAACUCUCUACCUUAAAGGAAAAAGCAGAGAAUUGUUUUAAAGCUGCAGCUCUAGCAACUGGUUGUGAAGUGGAAUUACAAGAUAGUGAAAAUGAUUUCUACAAUGUGCUUCCUAAUAAGACUCUACAAAAAAAUUACAAAGAAAAUGGCAAGAAGCUUGGCAUAGACUUCAUUUCUAAUGACAACUUAAAUGAGUUAACAGGUUCUACUGACUUUGGAAAUGUUAGCUAUGUGGUCCCUGGAAUUCACUCCUAUUUUUACAUUGGUUCUGAUGCAUUAAACCAUACUGAGCAGUAUACAAAAGCUGCAGGAUCAGAAGAAGCUCAGUUCUAUGCCUUGAGAGCAGCUAAAGCUUUAGCUAUGACUGCCUUGGAUGUUAUUUUCAAGCCAGAUGUGUUGGAAAAAAUUAGAGAAGAUUUCAGACUAACGAAACUGAAAGAAGAAGGUCAUUUGAAUGUUCCUGGAAAUGCAAAAGGACCAGAUAAUGGUAUUGGAGGAGAAUGUGCAUCACAUUGAAGUAAUGUAGCAUAUUACAACGUUAAAAAAAACUAUGGAAGAUCCAGGACUGAUCUAAUUCUAGGGAAUAUUUUUAAUAAUUGGAAAGAUAUUGAAAUCAUGUAUUUUUUCCCCAAUAGUAUUUUUGUCUAAAAUUAUGUCAUUUGUCUUAAUUUCAGACAAAAUUACAUGGUGUAAUUCUGAUUGAAUGUAAGAUGUAUCUUAGACUUUUGAACUGUUGCAAAUGCUAGUAUGAUUUUUUUAAAGGUUAUUUCUGUACCCAUUGUUCUAAUAUCAGAGGGAGCCAUGCUUAGUAUAUAUGGAGAGCCAGUUUGGUGUAGUGGUUAAGGUGCUGGCCUAGAAAGCAAGAGAUUGUG